AUGGAACCUGUCAGCAGAACAUUCACUAUUUAUCGUUGAAACAAACUAAAAAUAAGAUUUAUUAAUUUUGAAAUUUUCUUUUCAAGAUGGAAAUUGAAUACUACCGUUUUGAAUGGAAGGUCGGUACAGCACCUAUGGAUAAUGAGGAGAACGUGAUGAUCGAUGAUGCUUAUAAUAUCCACUGCAUAAAGAAGCAUCCAUUUUACGUCACAAUUGAAUUGCCCCGUACACUUAUAGGACCUCGACUUAUAAUCUUCAGUUUGAUCAAUUCUUUAUUACAUAGUCAACUCAUUGAACGCUGUGAAAAGCAUACUAAAUCUGAUCGAUUAACACAAUUAUGUCAUAAAGCACUCCCAUUAGUCAUACAUGAAGAUCUUUCUUCGGAUUACCCUUAUAGGUAUGCCCCGAAUGGGAGUGUUGCAAUCAUACUGCCACCGCAACAGCAAGUACAUGGAAUUCCUGUUGCCAUCAAGUGUUCAUCAAAAUGUACUCGAAAACCAUUUAGUCUCAUGGUAUGCGUAUUAAAUGAAGAAUUAGACGUUCCAAUAAAAAUUCUGCCGAUGCACGUUUACGAAAAUCGGACGGAAUUGAUUGAUAGCUGACAUAGUUCCUACAUUUCUGGUGUCAACCGAUUCUUGUAAAUCCUUUAAGAUGUUUUUUACUAUUUUUUCAGCCAGUACGCUAUCUCUAAAAUCAA